GCCUUACCCCUAUCUCUUUACACGACUGCCAACCCGUCUAUAGAGUUAUUCCAGGAAUGUGUUGAACAUGGCUGCCGCGAUGAAGGCACAGAAAACUGGACUGUUGGAACUUCGAGUUACCGUGGACCGUUGGAUCCGUGUAUUAGCCACACUUACGGAGGAGACUUUAACCGUGAGCCCCGGAGAGGUCGCCGAAGAACCAGUGAAACCCAACCCAACUCCCGCCGGUGACAUUAAUGGAGACCCAGCCAACCUCAGCUCCUUUCCCGUCCCAGAAACGAUCACUAACGUUAAGCGCACGGUGAGAGUUACAAAGCAAGAUGUGGGAGGACUUGGAAUUAGUAUUAAAGGUGGAAAAGAGAAUAAAAUGCCUAUUCUCAUCUCGAAGAUCUUCAAAGGGUUGGCUGCUGACCAGACGGAGGCCCUGUACGUGGGCGACGCAAUCCUUUCGGUCAACGGCUCUGACCUCCGGGAGGCCACACACGAUGACGCCGUGCAGGCUCUGAAGAAGACGGGCAAGGAGGUCAUCCUAGAGGUGAAAUACAUCAAGGAGAUGUCAGCCUUCUUUAAGAACACCUUGCCCGGUGCACCCCUACCUGGGACUCCCAAUGCCACGACACAGAAGGGCGCAGACGCCCCCCCUGCCGAGCUGAAGGAGGUCAGGACCAUCCCCCUGAAAAUGUGCCAGGUGACCAGGAAGCAGUGCCCCCCGGACACAGAGAACAGGUACUUUGAGGUGAUCUCGUCCAGCAGAAAGAGCUCGGUGUUCCUGAGGGCCAAGGACCCUGCCAUGGCCCAGUCCUGGUACAACGCCAUCCAAGCCGGGGUUUCGGCCCUGGUGCCCCGAGUCAGGGAUGAGCUGCGGGCCAUGCAGGCGGGCCUGGAGGUCAAACACAUGGGAUGGAUCACUGAACAGGCGACCCAGGGUCCAGAGAGACCGGUGCUGGCUCUGCUGACUGAGAGAGACCUGCUGCUGUACCCCACCCUACCUGACAGUAAAGACGGCAUCAACAGCCCAGCCAAGAGCCACCCGCUUAUCACAACUAGACUGGUCCACUCAGGACCGGGGAAAAGCUCUCCCCUGCUGGACUCGGAGCUCUCCUUUGGGCUGCGCACCGGCACCAAGCAGGGCGUGGAGACCCACUUGUUCCGGGUGGACUCGGCCAAGGAGCUUUCGGCCUGGACCCACAUGCUGGUGGACGGCUGCCACAACGCUGCCGAGCUCAUCCAGGAAGUCACCACAGCCUGYAGCUGGAACGGGAAGGAGUGCAACCUGGGAGUGCACAUCGACGAGGGCUUUAGCCUGUUCACUGAGGAGAUGGGCAUCAGAAAGACGGUGCUCCUCCAGCAACCCUUCGAGCGUCUGCGCAUGUCCUCCGAUGACGGUGUACACAUGAUCUUCCUCGACUUUGGGGGGCCAGAGGCGGAGAUUCAACUGGACCUCCACUCCUGCCCCAAGACCAUGGUGUUCAUCAUCCACUCCUUCCUCUCUGCUAAGGUCAAGCGGCUAGGCCUGUUAGCAUGAUAACAGAUUGACCUGCAACCCCUCUGCCAACCCUGAAAAACCACCAAACCACCGAAGCGUAUUUACACGAAGCCAUGACUCUAACGUUAGGAGGAUGUGAUGUCACUACAGAGGACAUGAUGUCACCGCUCUGUUUCAAACCGCCACCAAGCGGUUACAACAGACAGCAUUGAUAUUACAAAAAUCAUGACGGCUUCGAAAUUUGUUACAGAAUUUUCAAAUGUUACCUGCACUGUUUACUGAUUGAAUUAUUCAGAGAGGUUAGUGUUUUAUCAUCCUAAAUUUACGUUAUUUUUAUGUUUUGGUCGCCAUUUUGAGAAACAUUAUUUUAUUUCUGCWAUUAAGGAUGUUUUCCAAGUGCUGAUUCAGAGACAUUUUGAGUGCAGCAAAAAGCCUUUUGAAUCUCCCUGCAUUUCUUUAGUAGAUUCAUAAAUGUUUCCCAUAGCCAAUAUCAACAUGAAGAUAAACUAAAUGUCAUAAAGCUGAUUUAAAGUUAACCCCUAAAUCCAAGUGUUUAGAAACGCAUUAUUGCCACUGUUUAGUAAUUUCACUUAACAAAAACCCCACUCUCCAACUAACUUGAACGACCUUAUGCAUAAGAGUACUAUGCCUUUGUAUCGAUACAAUAUAUACAUAUAUUGACACUAUAACUUCAGACACGAAGUUGACCCUGUAGAUGAUUUUGAUGGAAGCUGGAUGGAAUAGUUGUAACAUUGGUAUUACCAGAGCCUGAUAGCUGUAGGUGUUUGGACCUAGAAACCUGCUGUGCCCUCAGAAAGUAGAAUAUUUUUAAAAACUUGUUCCACAUUGUGUUGUGUUACAGCCUACAUUAAAAAUGGACUAAAUAUAAUUUUUUUUCUCACCCAUCUACA